CUGUGCUCAUCAGGUAUGGCCUGGCUGGUCUUAGAAAUGCCCCGCGAGAUAUCAGUAAAAUAUAAUCUCAUAAAAUGGAAACAUUACGACCAAUCAGUUGAUGAGCUAUUCAUGAAAACAGUGGCCAAACAUCCGCACAAAAUAGCCAUAUAUUUCAAGGAAGAGAAGUGGACUUUCGCUCAUUUGAAUGAGUUUUCCAACCAAACGGCCAAUUGUUUUAGCAAUUUAGGCCUUAAAUACAGGGACGAGGUGUGCCUUAUAAUGAGUAAUCGACCAGAAUUUAUGGGCAUUUGGUUGGGUUUCACCAAAAUUGGUGUCAUUCCAGCGCUGGUCAACAUUAACCACAAGAGAGACUACUUAUUACACGCCAUACAAGCCAUUGAUUGUAAAGCUAUUAUCUUUGAAAAUAUAUUUUACGAAACAAUCGCAGAAAUAGUUGCCGAUUUAACACAAUUUAAUUCAAACAUCAAAUACUAUUGUUAUGGGGAUAUAGAGGUGAACACAAUCACACAGAAUGUUGUCAAUUGUGAGCCAAUACACCAAAUGAUAGCUUCAUAUGAAUCAUCGAGAAAUGAAUUGACAAUAAAAGCCAAACCACACUUCGAUUCAAUACUAUUUUAUUUGUAUACUUCGGGAACGACCGGCUAUUCAAAGGCAGCCAUAUUUAGACAUUAUCGGUACCUAACGCUAGGACUGGUGAUCGGCACCUCAUUGGGACUUAAGGAAAGUGACAUAAUCUACCUGUCCCUUCCUCUAUAUCACGCCAAUUCAUGUGUCAGCACAUGUAUGGGUCUAAUCCAUGGUAUGAGUGUUGCCCUUAAAGAUAAAUUUUCGGCCACAGAAUACUGGAAUGACUGCAUUAAAUACAAAUGCACUGUUUCAAACUAUAUCGGCGAGUUAUGUCGAUAUUUAUUGGCCCAACCGGUCAAGGAUUGCGAUAAAAAACAUAAUAUUAGAGUAAUGUUUGGGAAUGGAUUGCGGCCUAAGAUUUGGCAUGACUUUCAACAAAGAUUUAAUAUCAAACUCAUCGGAGAAUUCUAUGCGUCCACUGAAGGAAAUUCAAAUCUC